GGCAUGCUUAUGAAGAAAUCUGCUACGACCUACAGAUCGAUUGCAGUAUUCCAAAUUGCAAUCAAUGAUAAAAGUUAUUGAUUCCUGGAUCUAUUUUCUCACGUUUGGAACUUUGAAUCCACCCAGAUUUCUGAGCUGCAUUCAAAGUUUCAAAAUACUUUGAACCUUGCAAACUUUCAGUUCUGAUCUGCUAGUUCGUAGUGUCGAAUUUCCUACAACUCUCAUAUUUUACUAUAUUCAGUUUAGGUCGCAAUCAAUUUUUAAAACUAUCGAAUUGUUCUUUGCGUCUACAUUGCUUAUCCUGAACUCACGGAACAGAGAGCGACAUUACAAUGGACGUGACAUGGCGGGCUCACCUCCUUCCGAAAGAAACCUCGCUUAUUGCCAUAGACGUGUUCACUAGAACGCAAGAUGAUCAAGAGCUGCACGGCUUUCAAAAUGGGCAGAUUUAUGGCUCUUCUGUGGCAUCAAAAUACCUCAAUAAGCAUCUUGAAGGUAGCGAUUGCGUUAUCCGACUGUUGUUGCCAACGGUCAGUGGAUACCUUGUCCAAUCGGACUUUCUAGACAGGCGCCUAGUCGACUGCAACGACGUUGUCAAAAUCCAGAAUUUUACGUCACUUGAUCAACAUUUUGAGGGUGUUAAUAUCAACGCCUAUAAUGCGCUCGGUAUUUCCGAAAUCUCGAAAAAUGCUAUUGGGGCCAUAGCCACAUCGUGUACAAGCAGAGCUUGGUCUGAGGCUAAUGCAUUAAAGCUGGAUGAGGAGCUGACGAGACGGUUUUCAUUCGCAUGGCAUUCUGCAGAACAGACCCCAAAGCGGCGCCUUGCAGUGAUCCGUCCCGGUCCUCCUUCGCACCGACUCAGUCUCUCGAAGCUUGAGGAUCUUGCGAUAGCGGCUGCAUCGCUUAAUAUUGUACUCAUAUUUUUUGAUGAUCUGUGUCACGGGUUGGCAGGUGCUGAGUGGGCACAUUUGCGCGAGGACUUCGUUCCUAUGGAUAUGGCCCUAGACGAAGACAUGCCUCAGCGGAUUGCUUCGGCAGUCUCUGCCUAUCCAAAACAAAUCGAUGGAAUUAUUGGCAUGUACGAACCUCUUCUAACUAUAGUUGCAGAGGCAGCUACUUUGCUAGGAUUUUCUACCUCAUCCCCAAAAUCUGUGUCUAUGGCACGUGAUAAGUAUCAAACCCGCCAAUUCAACCAAAGUCUCUUCUGUUACCGAAUACAAAAUAUUUCAGAUCUUGAAGACGUUAUAGCUCGCUAUAGAACUGUUGCCCCGCUAUCCCUCCCACUCAUUGUAAAACCAGCGAAUGGGUGGGCUUCAGAGGGGGUUUGUAAAGUAACAUGUGAGGACGAACUGAGAGACGCAGUGCUUCGAUUGUGGCAACCUCCCUUCUCAGAAAAGUACGGUCGGGACACCCAUGGCUUAGUUUUGGUUGAACCAUAUGUGGAUGGCCCAGAAGUUGACGCUAAUCUGGUUCUGGUCGAUGGAGAGAUUGUUUUCUUUGAAGUUAACGAUGACUUCCCAAGCUCCGGUGAUAGCGAUGGACAAGGAUUUGUUGAAACCUUGAAUGCCAUGCCUUCUGCUUUGCCAGAGAGUGAGAUUGAUGCUCUUCGACUCAGGUCACAUGCUACUGUAUUAGCCAUGGGUUUCAAAACGGGUAUUUUCCACGUGGAAGCCCGAGUUCAUAAUUCCACGUUUGAUUUUACCACGGGAAACGAUAAUGUCCUAGACCUUUCAGUGAGACCGGAGAUCGCAAAGAGCAAGAAUAAAACUCCUACAGUGUUCAUACUCGAGGUUAAUCCGCGACCACCAGGAAUGCGUACACAUACAGCCAUUGCUCGAACAUACGGAGUGUCCUAUCGCAGCAUAGCGCUUCUCACUGCUCUUGAAGACCAUGAGAGGUUGCGGGCCCUGGCGGUCCCUUUCGUUGGCGGCGCUCAAUACGACAUGCAAGUCUUGUUUAUAGCAGCACAGAAAGGUGGAGUCUAUCAGUCUGGGGAUGUUUGUUCAGCCAUAUUAGAGCGUGAGCCACACUUAAGCGGCCACGUCAAACAGUCCAUGGGAUUUCUUCACAAUGGACAAGAAGUUCCUGACCCAAGGGGUCGAACAACCGGAAUUGCUUGCUUUUGGAUUGCUUCUCGAGGGGGGAGACGAGAGGCUAGGCUCAUUAGUGAGAAAAUCCAAGAGUUGGUUUGGGAACUCACGGAUGGGUUUUAAAGUUACAGUUACUAUAUAGGCCUUGACCAAUGAAAUGAACCUGGUUUGCUUUGAAUUGCGAAGGAAAAGACGGAGAUUUAGCCGCCACGCUUCCUUGUAGAGCUUUGUUAGAUAUAGACAUCAUCAUAAAACUAGUUCUCCUCAAUAUUGUCGAGACGAAUAUCGAAACAUUUUCUACUUCUUCUUCUUCUAACUCUUAGCAUUUAGCCAAUUUCCUAUCUUCAGUUAUAGUUUCUUUUUCCAUUUCAGUAAAAUAAUAGAAUUUUCUAUCACCA